GGCGCUGCGGGGGGGCGGGGAGUGUGGCGGCCCCUCACUUGUGGUCUGGCUCCGUGGUGACCGUCCUCUUAUGGCAGCUCCGUCGGGGAAACGCCAGCUUGUGUGGGUCGUGCUGCGGCUCUGGGUCUGGCUGUCGGACGCCGGAAACAGCCGAGCCUCUGUGAGCGACGACCUCCUGCUGCCGUACGCCAGCGGCCACGGCCCCUCCCACUCCCACCGCCACGUCCGGGACUGCCAGCCCGUCGUCCACGGCAACGUCACCCAUGAGACCUGGCCCGCCAGCAACCACACGGGGCUGCCGGCGGCCGAGUCCUCGGUGUUUGUGUGGGACGUCGCGGGCGGCUCCAGAAAGGUGUACGGUCACAUGACGGUGGUCCACGACCCCCUGAGGACGGUGUCGGUGCUGGAGCCGGGCGGGCCGGGCGGCUGUGGGAUGAACUACAGGGCUCUGGUGGAGGAGACGGCCCGGGCCGCCGGCUGCCUGUACGCCCAGAACGCCGGCUUCUUCAACACCAGGAGCGGAGGGUGUCUGGGCAACGUGGUGAGCGACGGCAGGGUGGUGAGGGACAGUGGGGGUGUGCAGAACGCCCAGUUUGGCAUCAGGAGGGACGGCACGCUGGUGUUCGGGUAUCUGUCGGAGGACGACGUGCAGGACAAGACCAACCCGUUCGUCCAGCUGGUGAGCGGCGUGGUGUGGCUGCUGAGGGACGGCCAGGUCUACAUCAACGAGAGCAUCGAGGCCGAGUGUGACAAGACCCAGGAGACAGGUACAUUCCGCCAUUUUGUGGACGUGGUGUCGGCCCGGACGGCGGUGGGCCACGACGCCGAGGGGAAACUGAUCCUGUUCCACAUCGACGGAAAGACGGACCAAAGAGGUAUGAAUCUGUGGGAGGUGGCCGAGUCCCUGAAGAAGUACGGCGUGAUUAACGCCAUCAAUCUGGACGGAGGCGGGUCUUCCACCUACGUGAACAACGGCUCAUUGGCCAGCUACCCCUCCGACCCCUGUAAACCAGACGAUAGGUGGUUCUGUGCCCGGCCCGUCUCCACCGUCCUGUGCGUCCACCCGCGGCGCUGCCAGCCGGCGGACUGCAGCGGGCACGGCGAGUGUGUGGACGGGCGCUGCCGGUGCCAGGCGGGCUGGCGGGGCGCUGCCUGCGACGCCCUGCUGUGCCAACACGCCUGCAGCAACCACAGCGUGUGCACCGCCGAUGGCUGUGUGUGCGAUGCUGGAUGGAGAGGAAGGAACUGCAGCCAAGUGUGCCUGCCGGGUUUCUAUGGCGACGGCUGCAACCAGACCUGCGCCUGCGCCAAUGGAGGAACAUGUGACCCCGUCCACGGACGCUGCACCUGCCCGCCCGGUUUCCACGGCAACACCUGUGAACAAGUGUGUCCUCUGGGUUUCUACGGUCUCUCCUGUGCUCACGAGUGUCAGUGUGACCAUCGCUGCCCAUGUGACCCGGUAACAGGAAGCUGUAAUGCCUCGUUUCAGGGAGAGACCAACUACACCUUACACAGAGCUGGACACUGUCUGGCCCGCCAGAUGUUUACAGAGUGGAGAGAAGAGGAGGAGGCUCACCGAGGCCAGCCUCACCUAGCAGAGACCACGUGGCUGACGAUCACGGUCACCCUGGCCUUUUUGCUGUUGAUCAGCGUGGUGGGUCACCUGAUGCUGCUGUGUCGCGGCUCGCCCGUGUUGGCCCACUUCCCUGAGCGUCGUGAAUACUCCUACGUCCCGCUGACCGACAUCAACGGAGACGCGGCGAACACGGGAGCCGACAGCAAAAGGUCACAAAGCAGGAAAGGAGAUUUUGACUUGGACGACUCGGACUCUCAGGAUGAAGUCUGGUCUCAGCCUCGCUCAGGGAGGCCGUCGUAGCAGACGGAGGCACGGACUGAGGACUGAGGACUGCGGGCGAAGAAUCUCCGCCAGCGGAACAUGAAAAACCGCCGGGUCAUGUGACAGACUCCUUAGAAAGGACAACCAGCAGCAACUUGCAGAUUUAUUCCUGCUGCAAACAGCAGCUGAUCUAAGCGCCUACAAUCUAAGACGGUUUGAUUCGAGGUCCCUUUACUUCUGAUCAUCAUGUCUUGUAAAAUUGUGUUUGCACCUGCUGAAUGAAUUAGGAGCACAAAUUACAUCAUUUCUACUCUGCCAUCAGUCUUGUGAUGGGGUUUCAUCGGCUGUCCCCGAGGUGUUUUCAUAAGAACCGUUUGGCAGCUAGUCAGGUGUCCUGUUUACCUCUGAACCUCUCGAUGACAGGAAGUCCUUUUUAAGGUGGAUGCAAACCGAGAAGAGGCGUCUGAGCUUUAUAGUGUUUAUGACCUCAGUGUCUCCAUUCCAGCUCUGCCAAUACCAAAUGUGGAAGAUGAGGUUUUCAGAUUGCAGCCGUGUAAACAGACGAGGAUCGAACUUUGAACUCUAACCAGGGAAGUCCUGGUGUCCAAAACAAUCAAACCCUACCAUGGUUACAGAGUUUUUAUCAGACAAAUUGACGCAAGAAUCGAGGCUUUUACACGGUUUCUUAUCAUGCACUGAGCUCCGUGCUCUCACCGUUUGAAUAUGAGGGGUUAAGGUGCAGGCUGCCCGCUUUAGUUUUGUAAGCAUUAAAGAAGUGCAUAUCUUUUUCUCUGUGGUCCUCCAUUUGAACACAGAUUUCAAUUUUCUUGCCAUUUUGUAUGUAUCGCCAAGAACUUUUUCUGUGCAAUGCAAUGAUUCUUAACUGUGCAAUUUGUAAAAGUGCAACUGAUAAAAAAAAAAAAAAGUACCCUUGA